GUAGCGACGAUCCCGUGGAGCUGCCCCAAGCUCGCUGCGGACCUUGCAGCGACGGGAGCAACGUCGGCUGUUGAUGCCUCCGGCCAAGUUGAAGCGGGUCUGCGCCAUUCUGCAAUUGGCUCGCUAGGGCUCAUGGCGUUCCCCACGCUGAGCCGCCGCCAUGUGGCCACGCCCGUGCACCGCUGCAAGCGGAGAGCGCCGCAGCGCUCCACCCCCAACAAUGCAGCAGCAAAAGUAUCUUCGCCCGUCAAAUGCGCGCGCUCCGAGUCGCUGCGGUCCACGUGGAUGACGAGCGGCAGCGAAUCGUUCGAAGAGGAUCUCGAGGAAGAGGAUCAAGAGCCCGAGGCCGACCGGGAGUGCACCGAGCUGCAGGUGUUCGUGGAGCUGCAGCGGCCGCUCAGCGACUGGGUCUACUGGCAGCGCGACGCCGUGGCGCUGCCCAACUGCUGGACGCGAGUCUUCGCCGUGUUCUGCGGCAACCUGCUGUGGCUCUACCGCUACGAGGACGCGUCGGCCAAGAGCUUGCUGGUGCGCAUGCGCGUCACGACGCUGGAUGUGUCCAGCGCCGACGCGCGGCUGCUGCAGUUCCGAGACGCCGCUACGGUCGACAGCGUGCAGCUCUACAUGCCGGACGCGCCGGCGUUCCACCGCUGGCAUAGCCACGUAUCCACGGCGCUGAGCAAGUUCCCUCCGGUUCAGGAGAAGGAGGAGCAGCAGCAGCAGCAGAGAUCAAGACAGAGCGCGGUUGUGCCGGCCGUGGCCUCUGCCAUGCAGAAGAAGGGCUUCUGGAAGGCGCUGGCUGCUGCGGUGGUGGAGGGCGCCAAGUCCUCGAGUUACCACCAAAUUGCAGGCCACGAGGAGACCGCCAUGGUGGUUCGUGAUAGGAAGAGCCUGGGCCAGCGCUGGAAGGGCGUCACGACGACGCUCCGCGGCGCGCUGAAGCUCGGCAAGAAACAGCCACAGCUCGCGCUGUGAGACGAGGAAGAGGAUCCAGGUUCUUCACGCCAUGGUAUGAGCCUGGCCGUUGCCGGUUGCGUGGAUCACGUGCGUACUAUUAACUUAACGUAAAAAUUACCAUUCAAAAACAC